AUGUUUAUUUGCUGCAAUACCAAGCCUAAAUAAGAGAAGUAAGCAAUGUGUCUAAAUAAUCUUAUUAGAUCUCAAAAAAACACGUCGACUACAGCAAAUUCGGAUGUUGAAUCAAUUAAGCAGAGCAAGUGUGAAGAACAAAUGCAGAAGGAACCAGUCUAAGAGACCACAAAUAAAUCACUAAUUAUGGAUUCGAGUUAAAAAAAUAAAAAGCUUCAAGAGAUUGAAAACAUAGUUAACAGAAUUAAGGCAUACCGAGAGGAAGGCAAACUUAACUUGAGCAUUGAUAUAGAAAAAUCAUUCGUAACCUCUUUGAUUGAAGAGGAUUUACCAACCAUUUAUUUUGCAGAGUUCAGGUGGGCUGUGAAUUAUACAACAUUCUUGGAAAGAAGGAUUUAGGAAGUGCCAAAAAAAAUUAAUAACUCCAAAUUGUUGACUUAAGAGAAUGCUCAAAAGGAACUAAUCAUAAUUAAAUCUGAAAAGGAUUCUCAACUUCUUCCUGGUGUAUAACCAGAUAGACAUUACGUGCUUUUAAAUGAGAGAUCAUGGACAUUUAUACAUCUCUUAUAUGGUGGAGGACCAAAGAUAAUGAUCGAAAUGGAAAAACCUGUGAUGUCUCCCGAUAUUAUCAAUGAUGGUCAAACUAACGUUACUUCCCAUACAGCUAAUACUACCAAAAUUUCAAUUGAACCUCUAAUCGACAUCGCAAAGUUAGAAUACAAUAACAUGGAGGAUUCAGAAAAAUCUCCAAAUACAAACACCACUAGAAGAUCAAAUCCUUAGAAAACUAAUUCAAUAAAAAUACAACCCAAACUCUACGAACUUCCUUGUGUAGGUCUCCAAAAUCCAAAAUAUUACUGUUACAUGAACUCAGCUCUACAAUUUCUUUUAAGCAUUAGAGAAUUAAAUGAUUCAUUAUUAAAAUAGUCAAAGUAAUAAAAUAAGAAAUUUACAAUGGCUUAUCAAGAUUUGUUAAGGAUUGUACAGAAUUCUAUCCCUGGAUCAGCUAUCUCUGUGGAGAAGCUUUAAACGAUGUGCUUAAAUAAAUUUAAAUAUUCAUAGUAGCAAGAUGCUCACGAAUUCUUGUUGUAUCUCUUGUCUGAAAUUUAACAAGAACUAGUUGGAAAGAAUAAAUAUUAAAAGGAAGAGUUUCAAAAUGCAUAAGAAGCUUGGGAUGUUUACAAAACUAGAAAUCCUGAUAUAAUAACCAGUUUGUUUGCUGGUUAGAUAGCCAGUAAAUCACAUUGUUUAAAAUGUAAAGAGAUUAGCGAAGGCUUUGAUCCUAUUUUAGAUUUGAAUCUUCCUUUAUCAAAGUAUUACAUUCCAAGAGAAUUCAAAUUAUAAGAUUGUCUCUAGACUUAUUUUAAGGAAGAGUAGAUCAAUGAUGCUUGGAAAUGUGAUAAAUGCCAAUUUGUCAAUAAAUCUGUUCUAAGGAAGAUUCAAAUCACUUAGACUCCAAAAUAUCUUAUUUUGCAUCUUAAACGCUUUACUUAAUUCCCUAAGAGCUAAAAGAUUACUGAUGAAGUAACUUAUCCAGAAAUUCUCGAUAUCAAAGAGUUUUGUGCAGAAAAUGUUGAGUAGACAAAAUAUACUUUGAAGGGUGUGAUCUCACAUAUGGGAUAAUUAAAUGGAGGCCAUUACGUAGCAUAUGCUUAAAGAUAAUACUCUUGGUAUCAUUUCGAUGAUAAAAUUGUAACUAAAGAUAAAAAUAAUCAACAUCUCUCAGACAAGGGUGCUUAUAUAAUUUUUUAUGAAUAACUAUGA